AUGGAAGGUACGAAUCCAAUUAAAUGGCCGGAAUACUCCGAUUGUCAGUAUGAAGAUUGUGCAGAGUGCGGUAUGGUGAUUUUUGGUUCUAUGUUCACAUGCAAUUUAUGCAGUAGUCACCACAUCUGUGCAACAUGCUAUAACGACACAAUCGUUGAAGAAACCAUUCAUUCGAAAAAGUCAAUGGAAUAUCCGGAAGAACAUCCACACAUGCAUCAUUCUUACAGACUUGAUAUGUCACCAUUUGGAAAAUUAGCGUUUCCUGUUCAUGAAACCCCGUGUGCUAGUUGCGGAUCAAAAGUGUUUCCCGGAUUGCGAUAUGUAUGUCCCGAAAUCUGUGAAGAUUAUGGCAUCUGUGCCACAUGCUUCAUUAAAAAGAAAGGAAGUGAAGAGAUCGAAAUGUUUGAAGCAGUUCAAACAAAUCCAAGACUUGAAAAGAAGUAUCUAAUUGGGGCAGCAAUUGUAACUCAAAAAUAUUAUGGUAUUGGACUUGCAAAGCUUGAUUGGUUCCGCAUUUCGAAAAAUAAUGAGGAGGAAUGUAAAAAUUUGGCAAGAAAAAUUGGAUUUGCAUUUUAUCAGUACCCCACAAAUUUGCCUCAAGAGGAAAGAAACAGUUUGACACCAGAUCAACUUGAAGAGUUGAUAAAAGUUGUUGAAGUGGAGGCUUCAAAAGACGGUAAAGAUUCUGGUAAAAAAGUUGACAAAAAAUUUGUUUCACAAUUUGGAUAUUCCAAGCAGCAAGAAGAGCACAUCCUGAAGCUUCGCGACGAGCUAUUCGACAUAAAUCGAAAACAGAAAAAACUUAAAGAAGGGGACAAAAACAUCUUAGAAACAAAAUUCGUUUUUGUUUCGUUUUUUGCUGAAGGAGCUCAAUCAAAUAUUCUUCCUUUGGUUUGUAUUUGCAUAAGUCCCACCAAAAACCUAUUUGUUGAAUCAUCCGGACGAGCUUACGACGGCUGGGACGAUUUUCUUGACAGAAACAAAUUACCUGAGUGUUACAUAAUCUAUCCAAAUAAUGGAUUCUACGAGAUAGAAGACAAAAGCUAUUUGAAUUUAAGGUAUGAUGUGUCAAGAAAAAGUAAGUUUCCCAGCAGAAUCGCUAAGAUAAGCGAUCGAAGUGCCAUGGGAAUCGGCAUUGCUGCAACAAUCGGAUCGGUCAUUGGUCUUUUUACGCCUUUAGCACCAGUAGCAGCCACUACUCUAUUGUAUACAGCUAUUGGAACUGGCGUAUACACAAUGGCAAGAUCCGGAUAUCACAUUGUCGACAGAGCUGUCCAUAAUGAGAAUAUAAAUCCACUACGAAGCCGGGAAAACUUUGUCGACUGGCUUGCGGUUGCUGCUUCGUUAGCUUCAUUUGGAGCAAUUGGCGGCUCAGCUUUCCUAACAGUGAUGACAACCGAAGGAAUCGAAGUGAGUCAAGCAAUUGAAUAUACUGUCAAUGCUGCCAUAUUUGCUAACUUUGCCGUUUCUGGUAUCGCAUUAACAGCAUCAGGUUAUAAUAUUUUUGAGAAGGUAGCCAGCGGUGAAAGGCCUACUGCCCUCGAACUGUUCCAGUUUUCGACGAGUUUAUUGUUCUUCACAAAUGCUGCGGUAAACCUGCAAACGGCGGAAAAGCUCAUUCAUGAAACUACACAAGAAAAAAUAAACGAAGUGCGAGAUAGCUUGAAAACUGCUGAGGACAAGAAGCAAUUUGACCAAGCGAUUAAAGACAAUAUGAAUAAAAUUGAGGGACAAUCGAAUGGCAAGAACAAAGUAAAUUUGGAAACAAUCAAAGAAAUUCACAAAGCGAUUUUGAGUGAUACACAUAUUGAAGCUCACAUCCAUGAGGCUGAUACCCCAAAGAAAUCUCGCCCAAUCACUCCUUCUAGUAUUCCGAAAAUGCAAGCAAAGCAAUUAACUGUCAGUGAUCAGAAAAUUGUCGAAGAACAUUUGAGAACUCUUGACGCCCGUGGACAAGGAAAUCUUCCUUCUGGGAAGCAACAGCCAACAACAUAUUUGAAUAUCGCAUGGGAUGAUCUGGCAGCGAAAGUCAAAUCGCUGCUAGCUUCCGGCUCAAAAAAAUCUGUUGUUGAAAAAGUUGUUGAUGGAAAAACGAGAAGAUCGGUAAUCAUUGACAAUGGUAAAGAUGGAUUUUUUGGAGCUCGUGUGGAGCCGGUUCCGAAUGGUGUUUCUAUCAAAAAAGGAAUCAUUGACAGUAUUGAAGUUGCUUUGAACGACGCCGGUGAACCUAUUCCACACUUCGUGGAUGGUAAAAUUCGAGCAGGAACUGAACAAAAAGUGAUUCGUAUUCGUUUGGAGAAUCGAAGUAUUACGGGAACUAUAAAAGCAAAACCAAAAUUUCGAAACUUCAAUGAAAAAUCAAGUGUUGGUCAUCAAGUCGAUGAUCACGACUUAACUGAUAAUUACUUCAUGUAUUACGACUGGUCAUAA